GGGGCCGGGCGCCGAGCGGGGUCCGUGGAGACCGCGCCGCUCGGGCGAUGCCCGCGGGGACGCCGCUGGCCAGCGGAGCGAGGUGCUGCCGGCCGCCACCAUGACCGAGGGCGCACGGGCCGCCGACGAGGUCCGGGUGCCCCUGGGCGCGCCGCCCCCUGGCACUGCGGCGGCGGUGGGGGCGUCCGCGGAGAGCCCCGGGGCGCCGGGACGCGAGGCGGAGCGGGGGUCCGAGCCCGGCGUGUCACCCUCCGAGAGCCCGGCGGCCGAGCGCGGCGCGGAGCUGGGUGCCGACGAGGAGCAGCGCGUCCCGUACCCGGCCUUGGCGGCCACGGUCUUCUUCUGCCUCGGGCAGACCACGCGGCCGCGCAGCUGGUGCCUCCGGCUGGUCUGCAACCCGUGGUUUGAGCACGUGAGCAUGCUGGUAAUCAUGCUCAACUGCGUGACCUUGGGCAUGUUCCGGCCCUGUGAGGACGUUGAGUGCGGCUCCGAGCGCUGCAACAUCCUGGAGGCCUUUGACGCCUUCAUCUUCGCCUUCUUUGCGGUGGAGAUGGUCAUCAAGAUGGUGGCCUUGGGGCUGUUCGGGCAGAAGUGUUACCUGGGUGACACGUGGAACAGGCUGGAUUUCUUCAUCGUCGUGGCAGGCAUGAUGGAGUACUCGUUGGACGGACACAACGUGAGCCUCUCAGCUAUCAGGACCGUGCGGGUGCUGCGGCCCCUCCGCGCCAUCAACCGCGUGCCUAGCAUGCGGAUCCUGGUCACUCUGCUGCUGGACACGCUGCCCAUGCUGGGGAACGUCCUUCUGCUCUGCUUCUUCGUCUUCUUCAUUUUCGGCAUCGUUGGCGUCCAGCUCUGGGCUGGCCUCCUGCGGAACCGCUGCUUCCUGGACAGUGCCUUUGUCAGGAACAACAACUUGACCUUCCUGCGGCCAUACUACCAGACGGAGGAGGGCGAGGAGAACCCGUUCAUCUGCUCCUCGCGCCGAGACAACGGCAUGCAGAAGUGCUCGCACAUCCCCGGCCGCCGUGAGCUGCGCGUGCCCUGCACGCUGGGCUGGGAGGCCUACACGCAGCCGCAGGCCGAAGGGGUGGGCACUGCGCGCAAUGCCUGCAUCAACUGGAACCAGUACUACAACGUGUGCCGCUCGGGCGACUCCAACCCCCACAACGGUGCCAUCAACUUCGACAACAUCGGCUACGCCUGGAUCGCCAUCUUCCAGGUGAUCACGCUGGAAGGCUGGGUGGACAUCAUGUACUACGUCAUGGACGCCCACUCAUUCUACAACUUCAUCUAUUUCAUCCUGCUCAUUAUCGUGGGCUCCUUCUUCAUGAUCAACCUGUGCCUGGUGGUGAUUGCCACGCAGUUCUCGGAGACGAAGCAGCGGGAGAGUCAGCUGAUGCGGGAGCAGCGGGCGCGCCACCUGUCCAACGACAGCACGCUGGCCAGCUUCUCCGAGCCUGGCAGCUGCUACGAAGAGCUGCUGAAGUAUGUGGGCCACAUAAUCCGCAAGGUCAAGCGGCGCAGCUUGCGCCUCUACGUCCGCUGGCAGAGCGGCUGGCGCAAGAAGGUGGACCCCAGUGCUGUGCAAGGCCAGGGUCCCGGGCACCGCCAGCGCCGGGCGGGCAGGCACACGGCCUCGGUGCACCACCUGGUCUACCACCACCAUCACCACCACCACCACCACUACCAUUUCAGCCACAGCAGCCCCCGCAGGCCCGGCCCCGAGCCAGGUGCCUGCGACACCAGGCUGGUCCGGGCUGGUGCGCCCCCCUCACCACCUUCCCCAGGCCGCGGACCCCCCGACGCAGAGUCUGUGCACAGCAUCUACCAUGCCGACUGCCACAUAGAGGGGCCGCAGGAGAGGGCCCGGGUGGCACAUGCUGCAGCCACUGCUGCCGCCAGCCUCAAGCUGGCCACGGGGCUGGGCACCAUGAACUACCCCACGAUCCUGCCCUCAGGGGUGGGCAGCGGCAAAGGCAGCACCAGCCCUGGACCCAAGGGGAAGUGGGCUGGUGGACCGCCAGGCACCGGGGGGCACAGCCCCUUGAGCUUGAAUAGCCCUGAUCCCUACGAGAAGAUCCAGCAGGUGGUCGGGGAGCAUGGACUGGGCCAGGCCCCUGGCCAUCUGUCGGGCCUCAGCGUGCCUUGCCCCCUGCCCAGCCCCCCAGCAGGCACGCUGACCUGUGAGCUGAAGAGCUGCCCGUACUGCACCCGUGCCCUGGAGGACCCGGAGGGUGAGCUCAGCGGCUCAGAAAGCGGAGACUCAGAUGGCCGUGGCGUCUAUGAAUUCACGCAGGACGUCCGGCACGGUGACCGCCGGGACCCCAUGCAACCACCCCCUGCGACGGACACACCAGGCCCAGGCAGCCCCCGGCGGCGGGCACAGCAGAGGGCAGCCCCGGGCGAGCCAGGCGGGCUGGGCCGCCUCUGGGUUACCUUCAGCGGCAAGCUGCGCCGCAUCGUGGACAGCAAGUACUUCAGCCGUGGCAUCAUGAUGGCCAUUCUCGUCAACACGCUGAGCAUGGGCGUGGAGUACCAUGAGCAGCCCGAGGAGCUGACUAAUGCUCUGGAGAUCAGCAACAUCGUGUUCACCAGUAUGUUUGCCCUGGAGAUGCUGCUGAAGCUGCUGGCCUGUGGUCCUCUGGGCUACAUCCGAAACCCGUACAAUAUCUUCGACGGCAUCAUCGUGGUCAUCAGUGUCUGGGAGAUCGUGGGGCAGGCGGACGGUGGCUUGUCUGUGCUGCGCACCUUCCGGCUGCUGCGUGUGCUGAAGCUGGUGCGCUUCCUGCCAGCCCUGCGGCGCCAGCUCGUGGUGCUGGUGAAGACCAUGGACAACGUGGCCACCUUCUGCACACUGCUCAUGCUCUUUAUCUUCAUCUUCAGCAUCCUGGGCAUGCACCUCUUCGGCUGCAAGUUCAGCCUGAAGACAGACACCGGAGACACCGUACCCGACAGGAAGAACUUCGACUCCCUGCUGUGGGCCAUUGUCACCGUGUUCCAGAUUCUGACCCAGGAGGACUGGAACGUGGUCCUGUACAACGGCAUGGCCUCAACCUCCUCCUGGGCCGCCCUGUACUUCGUGGCCCUCAUGACCUUCGGCAACUACGUGCUCUUCAACCUGCUGGUGGCCAUCCUUGUGGAGGGCUUCCAGGCAGAGGGCGAUGCCAACAGAUCUGACACGGAUGAGGACAAGACGUCUGUCCACUUGGAGGACGACUUCCACAAGCUCAGAGAACUCCAGACCACAGAGCUGAAGGUGUGCUCCCUGGCCGUGACCCCCAACGGGCACCUGGAGGGACGAGGCAGCCUGUCCCCUCCCCUCAUCAUGUGCACAGCUGCCACGCCCAUGCCUACCCCCAAGAGCUCGCCAUUCCUGGACACAGCCCCCAGCCUCCCAGAUUCUCGACGUGGCAGCAGCAGCUCCGGGGACCCGCCACUGGGAGACCAGAAGCCUCCGGCCAGCCUCCGAAGUUCUCCCUGCGCCCCCUGGGGCCCCAAUGGCGCCUGGAGCAGCCGGCGCUCCAGCUGGAGCAGCCUGGGCCGUGCCCCCAGCCUCAAGCGCCGCAGCCAGCGCGGGGAACGUGAGUCUCUGCUGUCUGGUGAGGGCAAGGGCAGCACCGACGACGAAGCUGAGGAUGGCAGGGCCACGCCCGGGCCCCGUGCCACCCCGCUGCGGCGGGCCGAGUCCCUGGACCCACGGCCCCUGCGGCCGGCCGCCCUCCCACCUGCCAAGUGCCGCGACCGCAACGGGCAAAUGGUGGCCCUGCCCAGCGAGUUCUUCCUGCGCAUCGACAGCCACCGUGAGGAUGUGGCCGAGCUUGACGACGACGUGGAGGAUAGCUGCUGCCUCCGCCUCCAUAAAGUGCUGGAGCCCUACAAGCCCCAGUGGUGCCGCAGCCGCGAGGCCUGGGCCCUCUACCUCUUCUCCCCACAGAACCGGUUCCGCAUCUCCUGCCAGAAGGUCAUCACGCACAAGAUGUUUGAUCAUGUGGUCCUCGUCUUCAUCUUCCUCAACUGCGUCACCAUCGCCCUGGAGAGGCCUGACAUUGACCCCGGCAGCACCGAGCGGGUCUUCCUCAGCGUCUCCAAUUACAUCUUCACGGCCAUCUUCGUGGCGGAGAUGAUGGUGAAGGUGGUGGCCCUGGGGCUGCUGUCCGGCGAGCACGCUUACCUGCAGAGCAGCUGGAACCUACUGGAUGGGCUGCUGGUGCUGGUGUCCCUGGUGGACAUCAUCGUGGCCAUGGCCUCGGCUGGUGGCGCCAAGAUCCUGGGCGUUCUGCGCGUGCUGCGUCUGCUGCGGACCCUGCGGCCUCUGAGGGUCAUCAGCCGGGCCCCGGGCCUCAAGCUGGUGGUGGAGACGCUGAUAUCAUCACUCAGGCCCAUCGGGAACAUCGUCCUCAUCUGCUGCGCCUUCUUCAUCAUUUUUGGCAUCUUGGGUGUACAGCUCUUCAAAGGGAAGUUCUACUACUGCGAGGGCACCGACAUCAGGAACAUCUCCACCAAGGCACAGUGCCGGGCCGCCCACUACCGCUGGGUGCGGCGCAAGUACAACUUCGACAACCUGGGCCAGGCCCUGAUGUCGCUGUUCGUGCUGUCAUCCAAGGAUGGCUGGGUGAACAUCAUGUACGACGGGCUGGACGCCGUGGGUGUCGACCAGCAGCCUGUGCAGAACCACAACCCCUGGAUGCUGCUGUACUUCAUCUCCUUCCUGCUCAUCGUCAGCUUCUUCGUGCUCAACAUGUUCGUGGGCGUCGUGGUCGAGAACUUCCACAAGUGCCGGCAGCACCAGGAGGCGGAGGAGGCGCGGCGGCGUGAGGAGAAGCGGCUGCGGCGUCUGGAGAGGAGGCGCAGGAGUAAGGCGCUCCCGGUGGCGGCGGUGGUGGCGGGCACUUUCCCCAGCCCAGAGGCCCAGCGCCGGCCCUACUAUGCCGACUACUCGCCCACCCGCCGAUCCAUUCACUCGCUGUGCACCAGCCACUAUCUGGACCUCUUCAUCACCUUCAUUAUCUGCGUCAACGUCAUCACCAUGUCCAUAGAGCACUAUAACCAACCCAAGUCGCUGGACGAGGCCCUCAAGUACUGCAACUACGUGUUCACCAUCGUGUUUGUCUUCGAGGCUGCACUGAAGCUAGUGGCAUUUGGGUUCCGUCGGUUCUUCAAGGACAGGUGGAACCAGCUGGACCUGGCCAUCGUGCUGCUGUCACUCAUGGGCAUCACGCUGGAGGAAAUAGAGAUGAGCGCCGCGCUGCCCAUCAACCCCACCAUCAUCCGUAUCAUGCGCGUGCUCCGCAUUGCCCGUGUGCUGAAGCUGCUGAAGAUGGCCACGGGCAUGCGCGCCCUGCUGGACACUGUGGUGCAAGCCCUGCCUCAGCUGUGUCCCUGCUGUGUGCAGUGCGUGGCUUGGCUGGGCUGGCAGAGGUGGAUCCAGCCGCUGCCCUCUGGCCUCAGUCCUCUGGGCAAGACUCAUAACCGGGGCCACCUCCCCGGUGCACUUCCAGAGGCAGGGGCCGUGGAGAGCCGGAGGCAUCCAGGCAGAGGGCAGCAGGUGGCCAAGGUGGGGAACCUGGGCCUUCUUUUCAUGCUCCUGUUUUUUAUCUAUGCUGCGCUGGGAGUGGAGCUGUUCGGGAGGCUGGAGUGCAGCGAAGACAACCCGUGCGAGGGCCUGAGCAGGCACGCCACCUUCAGCAACUUCGGCAUGGCCUUCCUCACGCUGUUCCGCGUGUCCACCGGGGACAACUGGAACGGGAUCAUGAAGGACACGCUGCGCGAGUGCACCCGUGAGGACAAGCACUGCCUGAGCUACCUGCCGGCCCUGUCGCCCGUCUACUUCGUGACCUUCGUGCUGGUGGCGCAGUUCGUGCUGGUGAACGUGGUGGUGGCCGUGCUCAUGAAGCACCUGGAGGAGAGCAACAAGGAGGCACGCGAGGACGCGGAGCUGGAUGCCGAGAUCGAGCUGGAGAUGGCGCAGGGCCCCGGGGGUGCACGCCGGGUGGACGCGGACAGGCUUCCCUCGCCCCAGGAGAGUCCGGGCGCCAGGGACGCCCCAAGCCUCCUGGUCGCACGCAAGGUGUCCGUGUCCAGGAUGCUCUCGCUGCCCAACGACAGCUACAUGUUCAGGCCCGUGGUGCCUGCCUCGGCGCCCCACCCCCGCCCGCUGCAGGAGGUGGAGAUGGAGACCUAUGGGGCCGGCACCCCCUUGGGCUCCGUUGCCUCUGUGCACUCGCCGCCCGCGGAGUCCUGUGCCUCCCUCCAGAUCCCAUUGGCUGUGUCAUCCCCAGCCAGGAGCAGCGAGCCCCUCCACGCCCUGUCCCCUCGGGGCACAGCCCGCUCCCCCAGCCUCAGCCGGCUGCUCUGCAGACAGGAGGCUGUGCGCACCGAUUCCUUGGAAGGGCAGAUGGACGGCCCUAGGGACACCCUGGACCUUGCGGAGCCUGGCGAGAAAACCCCGGUGAGGCCGGUGUCCCAGGGGGGCUCCCUGCAGUCCCCAGCACGCUCCCCACAGCCCGCCAGCGUCCGCACCCGGAGGCACACCUUCGGACAGCGCUGCGUCUCCAGCCGGCCGGCGGCCCCAGGCGGAGAGGAGACCGAGGCCUCGGACCUGGCCGAUGAGGAGGUCAGCCACAUCACCAGCUCCGCCUGCCCCUGGCAGCCCGCAGCCGAGCCCCAUGGCCCCGAAGCCUCUCCGGUGGCCAGCGGGGAGCGGGACCUGCGCAGGCUUUACAGCGUGGACGCUCAGGGCUUCCUGGACAAGCCGGGCCGGGCGGACGAGCAGUGGCGGCCCUCGGCAGAGCUGGGCAGCGGGGAGCCCGGGGAAGCGAAGGCCUGGGGCCCCGAGGCGGAGCCCACUCUGGGUGCGCGCAGGAAGAAGAAGAUGAGCCCCCCCUGCAUCUCGGUGGAACCCCCCGUGGAGGACGAGGGCUCCGCACGGCCCCCCGCGGCGGAGGGCAGCAACACCACACUGAGGCGCAGGACCCCGUCCUGUGAGACCACCCCUCACAGGGACUCCCUGGAGCCCACAGAGGGCUCAGGCGCCGGGGGGGACCCUGCAGCCAAGGGAGACCGCUGGGGCCAGGCCUCCUGCCGGGCCGAGCACCUGACCGUCCCCAGCUUUGCCUUCGAGCCGCUGGACCUCGGGGGCCCCAGUGGAGACCCUUUCUUGGACGGCAGCCACAGUGUGACCCCAGAACCCAGAGCUUCCUCUUCAGGGGCCAUGGUGCCCCUGGAACCCCCAGAAACGGAGCCUCCCGUGCCCGUCGGUGACCCCCCAGAGAAGAGGCGGGGGCUGUACCUCACAGUCCCCCAGUGUCCUCUGGAGAAACCAGGGUCCCCCUCAGCCACCCCUGCGCCAGGGGGUGGUGCAGAUGACCCCGUUUAGCUGGGGGCUUGGUGUCGUACUCGGCUUUGGCACUGGGGUCUGGGGGCCCCGCUGGGGCGGUGGCCCAGGCAGAACCGUGCGUGGACCCUGACUUGGGUCCCAUUGUGAGCAGAGAGGCCCGAGGAGGAUGACAGCCCAGGCCCUGGUUCUCUGCCCAGCGAAGCAGGAGUAGCUGCUGGGCCCUGCCAGCCUCUGACCGUUCUGGUUCGGGCUUCUCCGAGUUUUGCUGCCGGCCGAGGCUGUGCGGGCGACUGGGUCAGCGUCCCGUCAUUAGAGAAGCCGCGUCUGUGGGAUGAAGACCAGGCACCUGCCAGCGAGGGGAAGGUACCAGGCUGCGUCCUCUCAGGCCUCGAAUUGUUACAGGACCCUCACUGGGGGCCCUGUGCCCUUGGCGGCAGCAGGUGCGGCCACCGCGGCCCAAUGUCACCUUCACUCACAGUCUGAGUUCUUGUCCGCCUGUCACACCCUCACCACCCUCCCCUUCCAGCCACCACCCUUUCCGUUCCGCUCGGGCCUUUCCAAAAGCGUCCUGUGACUCGGAGAUGGUGACACAUCACUAAGGAGCCGACCCCGUGGAGUAACGCGCCCGGCCCUGGUGCAAAUCAGGCCUGCCCUGCGUCUGGGGGCGCUGGCCGCGAGAUUCCCGUUGACACCUUUGUUUCGUGUGCUUUUAAAUUCAGGUUAAAUGUUGCAAUAAUCUGAUGCAGGAGACUCAGCUUUUGAAGGGAGGGGGCGGAGCGGAAUAAAUAGUAACUUAUUUAAGAA